ACACAACCGAAGUAUUGAACAUUACUGAUGACGGAACCGGAUCUUUUCUUCUGGAUUACGCGCACUGCACGAGCUCUUUAAUGUAUUGAUUAGGAUGAACAGUUUGGGAGAUACAGCUCAUACAGAACGCUGCUCGGGUGGUGUGAUGAAGAGUGAGUAAUGAGCUGCCUGUGAGGAAUGUCCUUCUGUCUGCUACUGGCCCUCUUCACACUGACCACGCACACACAGGUGACCUCUGGAAAAUCUCUGAAACUGCUUCAGGAACAAUGGAGGACAUACACCAAUGACUGCAUUCAGAGCUUCAUCAGCACACCACCAGCAUCAGGUUUGGUGUGUAACAGGACGUUUGAUCAGUAUGUGUGCUGGACCGAUGGAUCCCCAGGCACCACAGUUAAUGUGUCCUGCCCGUGGUAUCUGCCCUGGUACCAGAAAGUUCAGCAGGGGUUGGUGUAUCGUGUUUGUGGUGCUGAUGGUAAAUGGGCUCAAAGUAAAAACACCAGCGAGUGUGAACAGGACGAGCCUGGACAGAAGCAAUAUGGUCAGAUCCUCAGUAAAUUCAGAGCCAUGUACACCAUCGGUUACUCCCUCUCUCUCGGAGCACUAAUUCUUGCCCUGGGCAUUCUAGUGACCUUCCGGAAGUUGCAUUGCAUGAGGAACAACAUCCACAUGAAUUUGUUCGGCUCCUUCAUCCUGCGAGCGCUCUUCAUCCUCAUCAAAGACGCACUGUUGGACAAAAUGAACAGCGCUCAAACCGGAUCGCAUCACUUUCAGGGUCAGCACUGGGUCAGUGUGCAGACUACCGCUGGAUGCCGUGCUGCCAUGGUGAUGAUGCAGUACAGCGUCAUGGCAAACAACUAUUGGCUGCUGGUAGAGGGCUUGUAUCUGCACAGUCUCCUGGUCACCACCGUCUUCUCUGAGAGGAAUUACUUCUACAUUUACCUGUUCAUCGGCUGGGGUGCACCGCUGAUAUUUGUGCUGCCUUGGGUCACAGUCAAAUACCUGUAUGAAAAUGAAGAAUGCUGGGAAAGGAAUAUCAACAUGGGCUACUGGUGGAUAAUCCGUUCCCCCAUUCUAUUUGCAUAUCUGAUUAAUUUCUUUAUAUUCAUUCGCAUAAUAAAGAUUCUGAUGUCCAAACUAAAGGCCCAUCAGAUGAGAUACACGGACUAUAAAUUCAGAUUGGCUAAGUCAACUCUCACACUGAUCCCGUUGUUGGGAAUUCAUGCUAUCCUCUUCACCUUCGUCAUCGAUGAGUCCGUGCCUAAACAAUCUCUUCUGAGGCUCAUCCGCCUCUUCUAUGACCUCCUCUUCAGCUCCUUCCAGGGUCUGCUUGUUGCCAUUCUGUACUGCUUUGUGAACAAAGAGGUCCAAAGCGAGAUGUUCAAGAAGUGGAAGAGGUGGAAACUUGGGAAGGACAUUGACGAGGAAUACCGUCACACCUACAGCCAAACGGCCCAUGCCAAGAGUGCUAGUAUCGCCUUGGUGAUGACCCACGAAUGCCCUGAGACCCCCGAACCGCCGGACUCAGCCCCACCCUCUGUAGAAUCCCGCCAUCUGGUGAGUGGCUUUCAGAAUGGUGUGAGCCGAAACAGGGGCAAAGCGAGGCUGCAGUUGACUUCCGAGCCACAAGAAGGCGCCAGUAACUGCAGCUCCCUGACAGAAGACAUUUGUUUCGAGGAGCGGCAGCUAAGCAGUGAGUGUUCAGCAGUGGUAACAGAAAGCAACGUUUGAGAGAACUCCCACUUAUAGGCGUCUUCAAGUGUCUUGAAGAUAAAGGAUGACUAUUCUGUUCAAGAGACUGAAGUUGUAGAAUUGACAGCAUAAAAAUAAAUGCUAACUAGUGGAGACAACAUGACAUUCCAAAUUCAGUCAUCUCAUUGCCAAACAUGGACUCAAUUAUGACAAAGCAGGGAGCUGCACCGAGGAUCUAGUAACCUUUAAGCCCGAGUCAUACUCUAUGCAAGUAUGUGAAUGCAGCUACUCAAGCUCAGUUUCAUGCAUCGUUGCAUUCCAUGUGUCAGACCGCAAUUUAUAACAUAGUGCACGUUGCAUUCUCAACAUUGCCACAAGAGGUGCUACAGUGGACAUUAGUGUGAACUGUCCGCUUCUAUGCGACUUUAUGAAGUCAGCUACUGUCAUGGUGGAGCAACGGUUUGAAGAGAAUAUCACUGAGAAAGUAUGUUAAAAUAAAUAUAUUUAUAGAUUAAUGGUGCAGAUUACCUGAAUAAUAACAUAUCCAGUUUAAUGGCACAGAUUUUUGAAGGUAACUCUAUCGCCCCCUUGAGUACAGAGAUUCUUUACCACCAUAGUAACACAAGGAUGCAUGUUUAGGAUGUUCAACCAGACUGCACAUUGACCAAGUGCUCCCAUCUGCGUCCGCGUACUUGCGUAAAGUAUGCUUCUGGCCUUAAAGACGUUAAAGUCUCCUGAGUUGGUAAAUUCCCAGUAGUAUUAUUAAUUAUUGGUGAGGUUUCUUCUAAACCCUGAACCCUAAGUAUUAAACUGUAACUCGUCCCGUGCGCCAUUUGUGCUGCAGACAUGAAUGAUACCUCAAAUCGUACGGCUUGUUGAGGAGAGGUGCACUAUUACUUUUUGAAGCAUCCAGACUUUAAAUUUACACUGUUGGAUGAUUAAAUUAAUGAACAAAAUGCAUAGAAUUACAUUGAAGGAAGGAUCCAAGCCUUACCUAGAGACCAUUAUAUCAUAGAACUUUGAGGUGAGCUCUUUUGAAUUGGGGAAACGUCAAUAUUUUGGCAGUGAUUUUUAUAGCCUGAUCUCAUGAAAAUUACGUAACCGUGGUGACAUUUUUGCUAAAUAAUAUUAUGUGGUUCCUUAAAUGUAUCACAGCAGUUCUGAGGUGAAAUGUCCACUGUGUGGUGCUAAAAGAGAGUAAAAUGCUCUCCCAAACAGAUGAGGAUUUUAAGGUUAAUGCUGUAUUGAAUUUUAAAUCAACAAAACUGACCUCCCUACCCCAAACCUUAAACCUAAACCUAAGGUGUCAGAAAAAGCUAAUAUGAGAUGAAAAACACAAUUGCUGAAGCAACCAUGUCAUAUUGUUGUGCUUCUAUGCCACUUUUUUUUUGCAUGCACUUAAUCCUUCGAGAUCUCUUCGAUCCUCAGAUCAGAGGUUGGUGAUGGUUCCUUGCUUUUGUGAUAGCUGCCCCGAAACUGGAACAGUCUACCUAUCUACAUCAGAACUACUUUAAAAUCUACGUUAAAAACGUACUUCUUCUCCAUGGCUUUUAAUCAACCUUAGAAGUUGUAUUUUGUAUUUGUGCUCUUAAUUUUUAUUUGAUCGUAUGUUUUUCAAAUGUUUCUUUUUCUGUACAUGUGUUACUGUACAGUACAUUGGUCAACUUCUGAUGUUUCUAAUUAUGCUUUAUAAAUUAAUUGACAUUGACUUUCGGUUCACGUGUCACGUGCACUUCAGGACUCGUACCCGGGUCCUUUGCAUUGCAAAUGCAAUUCUUUAUCAGCUGAGCUUCUGCACAAUUUAAUCACACUGGAAUAAGCUCAUAAAUGGAACUGGUUAUGUAAUGCAAAUCUUAAACUGUAUCGCCGUGCAAGGCAUGUCCUAUAGUAAAAGGUUUUUGAUGUCAUAAGAUAGCAUCAUUUGAGCAACAGGGCGAAAAGUAAAUGUUUAAAAGCCUCUAGUGUUCAUUUCACCAGGAAACUGCCAUGAUACGUACAACAAGCCACGUAAAAAUAAUUUAUUAAAAAUCUAGGUAGAUUAACGUGAUACUAUGAUUCAUGUGUUAUGCACUGGCAAAUACCAGUCACAUUUUCUUUACAAGAGACCUAUCUAACAUGCUGUCAUAGUAAGGAGAAUCUUUACAAUUGAUGUUUUGUAUUUGAGCCAAUCAGUUCCUCUAGAGGAAAUGCCAAUGGAAUCACUUGGCUGUUUACCUGCUUAGGAGUUAAAGCAGCUUUCAUUGAGUCACCCUUUAAGAAAAUCUCACCAAAACAAAUGCUGACAGACAUAUAAAAGAGGAGGAAUGAACUCUGAGCCAUCUGACUGUACAUCCAUAAUUCAGGUCCAAUUUCACGGAACACUCAACUGCAUAAACUCUCCAAAACUCACCAAAUCCAGCUGAGCUUGACAUUUCAUAUGGGAUGCUCAGUUUGUUUUAUGAUCACUUGAAUGCAUUUCUAAAGCAUACAGUUUAAAGUUACUGGUUUUUUCACUAUAUGUCAAUCCACAAAUAGACAACAACUUCUCUGGAGUGCCGUUCCAACCCAAACACUACAACAAGUCAUGGGGACAAAAACAGAACUCAUCAGAGAGAUCUUGGGAAUGUUCCUUAUGGUUCCCUUGUGAGACAAAGAGGCUUUUGGGAUUGUAAAAGCACCUCAGCAUUAAGAAUGACUGUCAGACCCAUUAUUUAUAACAUGCCUAAGCAUUCCAUAUUAGGGUGGAAAUGGGUAUAUUUGGCUAAAAGUCAUGUCAUUUCAAUUUUUAAGUCAAAGCAAAGCUGAAGAAACGACUGUCCUUGUUCAUGAUGCAUUAUCUGCAAUCUGUUAGAAAUGUUGCCAACCAUUUGCAAUUUUUAUGCUUAGAGUGUGAAAAGAAGGUGCUGGAACCCUAUUGUAUUCAUACCGAUUUUUUAUUUUCUGCUACUUCUUUUUCUGCCCUAUUAGUGUCUGGGCAGCGAAAACCAUAAGUCCUAGAGAAAACAAAUUUGGCAGGAUGGUGCCAAAUCCAACCCACUACUCAGGUGUGCACACACACCCCCAUCCGACCCUAAAUAGCACUUUAAUAGACACUUUUAUGUUUUCGCAAACAUAUGGGCUAUAAUCUAAAUUUUCUUCUGAUUCCUUAAGUCAAGCAGGAACAAAAUGUUUAUGUCCAAUUUCAUUUCCAUCUAUAAAAUGUUUCCAUCGUUUUGAGUUUUCUGAAAAAAAAGACUUUUUAGAACUCAUACAAGACUGUUGGGCCGAUUUGGCAAAUAGUUCAGAAGAUAUAGGUUGAUAAGUGAAUUAUGCUCGCCAAAAAAAUAUUGGGUUAUAUCUUUGAAACGAUUUGAAGAAUUUUUUGUAAUUUUUCAGGUCUGUAUAUGAUACAUGUAAAAUUUAGGGCUAAUUGGACUAACGGUCUAGGAGGUUUUUCAGAAAAUUUAAAUGGCGGACAGAAUGCCAACAAAGUAUUUAAAGUACUCAGUAAUGAAAUUGCUUUGCCCCAGACAGAUGUGUUUCUUCAAAUUUGGCAGUUAUUGUAAUUUUCUCCACUUUUCCAAAUUGCUCAGACCCCGAUAAUUGUCGCUUGCGGCUUUAUUUCUGUUAUAAUACUUUUUUUGCAUUCCAGCUUAAUACGCAAAGACAACUAAAUGUUUAUUCCCUCAAUAAAUUUAACAGUGUGAUGCUUUUUAAAACAUUGCUCUGUUUGAGCAUCCUGACAUUGGGUGCGGAGCUAUCUAUUUUUCACCAAUGGAAAACAUGCAGAAUGUUUGGGAAAUCUGUUUGAAUACAGUCAUUAUUUUUGCAAUUCUGUUUGGUGAAGCUAGCAGUGCAGAAAUUUCACACUUCAGCUUUAAAAACUGACAGCUAAAUGUGACUUGUGUAACAUCUUACCAGGGAUGUGUUGUGAAGCUUAAAUAAUGUAUAAUGCAUCAUAAACAUGGAGCUUCGUAUGGAGUCUAAAACGUCCUGUGAUUUUAAUUGAAUGUUUCAUUUGAAUGUUUUUUCCCCCUGUUUUAUGUGAAGAGUUUAUAUCAAAAUGAAUUUAAUGUUCAGGUAUGGUACAUACUGUAUUUGUGUAAAUCACUUUUGCUAUAUUGCCGGUGAGAAGAACAGAAAGAGUAAAGAAAAAAACUAAAGCAAAAAAAAAAAAAAUUCGCAAGAAAUAAAAACUUAUAGAAGAACUGUAAAAAUUAAA